UUGUUUUUUUUUUUUUAACAACAAAACACAAGACUUUGUGUUUAGUUCAGGAGAGUUAUUGCCUUUAAUUAAGUCCAGAGUUUAACCGAAGUUUAAUUGACUUCUUUAUUCUGUGAGAGCCCUUCCGGUUAGCCUAGCUGCUAGCACCGCUCAGCCUCCACGGGAAGAAUCAGCUGAUUCCGAUUCCAGGCUCCAACAUGGAGGACAUGUACGUGAAACCCGGUAACCAGGAGCGGGGCUGGAAUGACCCCCCUCAGUUUUCGUACGGGCUGCAGACGGCCCGCGGACCUCAGAAGAACCCCUUGAAUAGGAGAGCCGUUCCAGCAGCGAGCUCAGGUCCAGGAGCUCCGCCCACAGCCCCUCUGUCCUCCAACCCCAUGGCCCCACCCAUGUGUGGAGUACCUCCGCCUCCUCUGCCAGCUGGACGUCCACCUGAGGCCACGCCCCUUACUCAAACGGGACCAAUGAGAAAGCAGGGAGAGGCGGAAAGCAGCCAAUCAGAGCCUGAUCUGGAGGUUGUGAUGUCAGUGCUGAACAGAGCGCUGGAGGCCUGCAGGAGCUCCGUGAAGGCUCAGGUGUGUAACGAGGUUGCUAAGAGGCUCUGCCUCCUGGAGGACAGCUGGAGGUCAGGUAAACUCAGCCUUCCUGUAACCAGACGUAUGGACGUCCUGUCCCAAGAGCUGCAGGCCGGUCACUGGGACUCUGCUGAUGAAGCUCAUCGCUCUCUGAUGGUCGACCAUGUGACCGAGGUCAGCCAAUGGAUGGUCGGUGUCAAGCGGCUCAUCGCCGAGACCCGCAACCUGAGUCCAGAACACCUGAAACCGCUCCAGAACCCAUCUGUACCAGCUCAGAACCCAACAGAACCAGUCCAGGACCAAAUAGAACCCACCGAGAACCCAGGAUGCCAGUCCUGAGUUUCCCAGAACCCUGGCCAGGAUUCAGUACCUGUUCUUCUCAUCCUUUGCGCUGGACCGGUUUCAGUUGUUUUGGUACUGGUACCAUCUGGUUCUGUUCACCUGGUUUGGACUCCAACAUCCUGGGACUCUGGUUCUGCUCAUGCAGACCCAGUAUCAGAACCCCAGACGGUAAACUGAACCGGACCUACUGACAUCAGAACUCUGGACUCUUGGUUCUGGAACCAGAAUCUCUGUGGGUCAUCAGGUGGACACGGACCAGAAGAAUCAGAACUUUAAGGCUCGGACUUUGAGGGUUCUGGACUUUAGGGAACCAGAACUUCUCCAUCAGAACCAGCUGUUUAGACCCAAACUGAACCAGAGCGGACCUUUCAGCUGAUUGGACGGAGAGCUGUUGAUAUCAUGGAACCUCAGCAUGGAUCCAGACCCGGUUCUGGAUGCCCAGCUGAAUGACUGUUAAACGUUGAUGUUUCCCAGCCAAUCAACUGUAUGCAUUGCUUCGUUCUGAUUGGUCAGCUUUCCUCUAGGGACCACUCUGAUUGGUCCUUUCUGACAAUUUCCUCUCUGUGUUCUGAUCCGAUUGUAACCCUGACUGGUUCUGUUGCUGCGAAGCAGCAGAAUAAACAUUUGAAAAGUG